AGGAAAAUAUUUUAAAGAAGAUAAACACAUACUUUUUCAAUCCAAUUUUGCCGUGCCAUCAUGGAUGCAAAUGUACAUGCUGAAAUGUUAAGAUCGAGACAUUUUCAAUGUACAGACUGUCUGCGCUCAUUUACCGCUGAGUUUUGUCUCAAAGAUCAUCAAAAACACACCGAACAUCGAGGAAUAAACAUUGCCGAGAGGUGCGAUAAUAAAUCCAUUGAGGCGACAUACGAAUCGUCAAAUGAUUUGACAACUGCAGCGUCUAAGCCGGAUAUGUACGGUUUGGAAGAAAGAGAUUUAGACAUUUACAUAGCUGAACACAUUCAAGCUGAUACGUUGUUUUUAGGGUGUUGUGGUGAAGUUAUUAACAAUCUUGUCAAAGAUUUGCAGGAUAAGGAAAAAUCGCCAAAACAUUUACGACCAAGGAGAAUUGUUAAGUCUGGCUCACUCGGGAAAGGUACGGCAGUAAAAGGAAUCUCUGAUAUAGAUUUGGUCUUGAUGCUUGUCAACUAUAAGAAUGUUGAGGACCUGAUGAAAGUCAUGCCAAGUUUACUGAAGGAUCUAAAGAAUUAUCUGAUCAACAACGCUAAAUCAAGACACCAAAGAACCACCCGAUAUUCUGUACAAGUAGAGCUCGAAUGUCGUACUGGUCACAAACAUUAUGUCGACAUACUUCCAGCUGUCGACCUGCUUGGACUAGGUAAUUAAUGUAUUAGCAACGUCUGUAUUUUGCUGAUAUGUUAAAUUCUUUGUUACAACUUUACGUUGAUAAAAUGAAUACAUAUAACACAUUGUGUAUAUUACUAAAAGUAGUUA